AUGAACUCUGCCCCGCUCAACAUUGUCCAAGCAGCUUCAAAUGUAAAGGCCGACAUAAAUAUUCGUUUCCUGCCCAUCAACAGCAACAGAACUGUUGCUGUCACAAUGAUAGACUCAGAUGGUGUAUAUUUUACUCCGGGUAAAAUCAACAUCACUUUCAAUGACAACGAACAGUGGACAGACGACAUUCUCUUCUCCACUACAGCUGUACACGAAAUAGGCCAUGCCCUCGGACUAAGCCACAGCACCGUCCCAUCAGCCAUCAUGUUCGCCUACUAUGACGGUCUUAUGCACCCAAUCCAUCCCGACGACAAGAUGGGCAUCCACAGCAUCUACGGCUGGAAAACGCCCAAAUGGAAGCUUAUAGACUCUGGCUCAAAAAUCAGCAGCAUAAUCCAAGUCACUUCCAGCUCCAGCACGCCCGCUCCCAACGACGGCCUAUACCAGAUGCGUCCGACAGGCCAGAUCCUCCGCUACAUCAACAACGCCUGGAUAACCAUCGACAACUACAAAGAAACCGCCCAAAUCACAGGCGCAAACGGCCUCCUCUACCAACGCCACUACGACGGCGGAACCUUUCGCUGGACUGGCACACCAUCGAACUGGCAAUCCAUCAGCCCCACCGACACAUCCAUCCUCGACAUCCACGCCGCCUCGGACCAACUCUACGCCCGACGCAAAGACGGCUCCGUAGUCCGCCUCUCGGGCUCCACUUGGCUCACAAUCGACCAAUCCUCACCGGGCUCCCGUCAAAUCGCCGUCUCCGACGACAAAACCCUCUGGAACCUGCUAUCAAACGGUGACCUAGUACGCUCGCGCUGGCCCUACACCUCCGCCGCCAUCCUCGAUCGCAACGCCGCAAACACGGGGAUCGCGGUUGGCGGCAACGAGUUCUUCAAAGUCCAGAGCGAUGGUGCGGUGGUGUGGCUUGAUACCAAGGGCCCUUACUGGAGCGUUAUUGAGCAGAAGGCGAGUGUGGGGAUUCAUGCCGUGGGCGAGUUGUUGUAUAGUCGUCAUGCGGAUGGGACACUUUGGCGGUGGACGGGAAUCCCGGGGGUGUGGGAGGGGAUUGAUGAGAGGGGUGGGGUUGAGGAUGUUACGGGGGAUCGGGCGGGAGGGGUUUGGGGGGUGCUGGGGGGGAGUGAGGUGUGGAUGCAUGUUUCGUGA